UGUGUGUGUGUGUGUGUGUGUGUUUGUGUGUGUCCAGCAGUCAAAGUACAAAUGUCGCCCCCCCACUGCACAUAGAUCUCCCCCCCAGCCUCCACAGAUGGGCCGCUCCAGAGGUCAUUAAACAGCGGCCGUGCACAACACAGGCCGACAUGUACAGUCUGUGUGCUCUGAUCCAGGAACUCUACACAGACAGUGAGCCGUGGGGCACAGUGGACCUGGCCAGAAUCAAACAGACGAUAGAUGUAGGACAUGCCCUGGCAGCAGACAGCAGCGUUCCACAGCCUUACUACGAUGUGGUCCUGAGAGGUCUGCAGCACCACCCGCAGGACCGCACAUGCAGUCUGCAGGGCCUGUGCUCCACCCUUCAGCAGGACCUCAAGGUGGGCCUCACUGUACAGUACUGUCAUCCUGGUGUCCAUACUAGGUUCUCCCUGGAUGAACAGAUGUGGCCAUGUGACCAAGACCUGAGGCCUGAGGUCCAGAACAAAGCACAGCAUAGGACCAUUGUGGUGGAACCAGUCCACAGCGGUACAAAGCACAGCGCUCCUUCCCUCCCGCAAUACUGUCUGGGCUAA